AUGAUAAACUCUAUCUAUAGGUAUUUUUUUUUUAAACUUCAUCACAGGGAUCAUAGGAAAAUUUUUUCAUUGCAAAAUCAUUAUUUUAAGGAGAAGAAAAAACAAAUCUUCAACAGUUUUUGUAACCUCUUUUUUAUUUAUUUAAAUGCAUAUUUUAUAAAGAAAUUCCUUUUUUCAAAAAACAUUAGCAUUCUUCUCUUGGAGGAAAAACUAAAUGGCUCCUUGCAAAAAAUUUGUAGGGAUAAUGCCCCCUAUUUAAAAACAAAAAGCGGCAUACUUUAUAAGGAUAUUAUAGAGGGUCAAUUAGACGGUUAUACUGUCGAAGAAGGCGAUACAGUAUAUAUUCAUUACCAAGGAAAAACGACAAACGAUUUUCGAUUAAUUCAAUCGACUUUCAGUUGUGUGUUCCCCCCUAAGAUAAAAGCAGGUUAUUAUGACCAUAAACAUAUAAAAGCUAUCUACGAAGUUGUCAUUGGUAUGAAAAAACAUACAAGACGGCAAUGUAUCAUCCCUCCUCAUCUGGCCUAUCCACACCAUUUCCCAAAUCAGCCACUCAUUUAUGAAAUCGAUGUAGUAAAAAUAGUUAAAAAAAAUUCACCGAACAGAACUCUUUAUGAAAGAAUAGAAAUGAAAAUUGAACUACUAAGGCAAGCCAUAUCUUCCUACUUUUAA